CAUUAAUGGCAACAGGAUUUGAUUCCACAAUUACAAUACACACCAGCUGUUAUUGACAGUUUAUGAGUUAAGUGAAAAUUAUGAGUUUUCCUAACAAAGAACAGCGUGCAAAAUGUUGGAGCAGCCGUGACGAAUAUUGGAAAUGUUUGGAUCAAAAUUCACCACAACAUAGUUCGACUAGCGGCGAAUCUGUGCCAAACGCAUGUAAACAAAUGCGAAAACUAUUCGAAACCAGCUGUCCAAGUCAAUGGGUAAAGCAUUUCGAUAGAAAGCGUACAUAUGAACAAUUUAAAGCAAAAAUGCAAGAAGGCUACGACCCAAUACCAACGGAGCAAAAGUCAACAAAAAGCCCAGGAGCGUAAUGAUAUUUACUUUUUAAUUUUAUUUCUUGUUAAUAAAUUAAUUAUUAUUAC